AUGGCAAGUUACGCGCCUCCUGCCGGCCCACCGCCGCCACAGGUGCCGAGCGGCUGGAAAGCUGUAUUCAACGACCAAUACAAAGAAUGGUUCUACGUCAACCUCCAUACAAAACAGUCCACAUGGGAGAAGCCUACCGGCCCUGCUCCUGGCGGCGAUGACGAGGUCCCUCCCGGCGCGCCACCGGGGUAUUCGUCCGGUGGCAAUGCGCCAGCUGUUUCCGACACCAAGCGCCCACUAGAGUCUAACAAUCCCUACAACACGAGCAAUACUGGGUCUUCUCAGGAGUCAGACGAGCAGAUGGCUCGGCGCUUGCAGGCGGAAGAGAGCAGUCGCGGUCAUGCCGAUUCAUAUUACGGUUCCGGCGGUGGCAGUGCACCACAGUCACAGGGCGUUCAAGGAGGAUACCCUGGAGCGCCGACCUCACCUUCGAGUCAACUUCCGCCGCGGCCCGACAGCAGUUCCGGCAAGCCGAGAGGAUUCCUGGGCAAGCUGCUGGGCAAGUCGAGUGGUGGAAGUUCGAGUCCGUUCCCCCAGCAUGCACGUCCUGGUGGAUAUCAGCAGGGUCCACCUGGUGGCUACGGCUAUGGUGGACCGCCGCAAGGCUACGGUGGUGGAUACGGGCCUGGCUAUGGACCGGGACCCGGAUAUGGCCCAGGCCCUGGCUACGGAGGCCCUCCUUAUGGCGGCUAUGGCGGCGGCUAUGGCGGUUACGGGGGAGGAUAUGGACAACCGCCGAGAAGGUCUGGUGGCCUAGGCGCUGGAGGGGCGGCAGCACUCGGGUUGGGUGGUGGCUUGCUUGGUGGUGCUCUGCUGGCCGACGCAAUCAAUGACGGCGAACAAGAUGCUUAG